AUGACACUUACUGAUGAUGAUUUUGAUGGAAUUGAGUAUUUGAAAUUUGAAUUAGCUUAUUGGUUCACUAUAAAAGACUUUACUAUGCUAUUUUCUGGGGAUCGUGAUCGCCUCUUCGCCAAAAGGGUAGUUGAUACUCCUUUUGAGACUAAUGCUCGGUACUUUCCAUCAGAUGGUUCUUCUUUGUCAGAUCCUAACAUCUAUUGUACAGUUGUGAGAAACUUGGUUUAUCUCAUUAUGACUCAUUCUGAUAUUGUGUAUGUUAUACAUGUGGCUAGUCAGUUUGUCACUGUACCAACAACAGUUUAUUGGGUGGUUGUUCUUCACAUUCUCCAAUAUCUUCAGGGAACUCAAUUUUAG